UUUUUUAAAUGUUACAAUAGCUCAUUUGGAAUGUUUCACUUAUUUUUCUCGACUGUUACAGUAGUCAUUACAUAAUGUUUCAUCUGUUUUUUAAUCUAUUUAUUGCACACCAUAUCCCAUCUUGUUGCACCUAGAUAAUGGGUGUGGUUCAUAGUUUUGUCUUAGAAAUUGUUGGGUGUUGCAAUCUAGCGAGGUUUGAUAAGGAUAUGCGACAUGUUUCUGCAAUUUUAGUAUCCCCAUUUAGAUUUAGAUCGGUGAGUAACAAAUUGAAGGGCACCGUUCUAGGUUAGCGAUGGAUAUUAGGAUGUUUCAGCAGGAUAGACGGAUCUUACAGCGGUGGUGCAGCCAUCCGCUGCAACCGAUCAGAAGGGCUGCAUGUGCAGCGCUAGCAGUGACGCACUAAAAUAGACAAGGGCAGACCUAUCCAAAUUUCCAUAAAAAUAGCAAGCACUCCAUCUGUCCAUCUGUUACUGUUUGUUUUGUCUUUUCUAGACACAUAACUUUUGAUAUGCACCUAGAUAUAUAUUAUAUAUAUAUUAUGUGUAACAAAAAUUAUGUACUUAGAAAAACUAAAUUUGAGAUAGAAGGACCUAGUAAAAAUUUGGACUUAGCAAAAAUUUGCUGCAAAAUUAUCUGGUUUGAGUCAAGCGGCUCAGAUGAUGAUGCCCAACUAAACACAAAACCAUAUUUGAGCCGAGCCCAUUGGAAUGAAACCCAACCCAGAUUGCUCAGCAUCCAACCAAGGCCGAAAUCUCGCGCCGCCACCAAAUCUCCGGGGAGCGAAGCGGCGGCUGCGGCGAGAGCGCGAGGACGAGGGAGAAGGCGCCGGCGCCGGCGGCGACAGGGAGGAGAGAUGCUCAAGUUCCUGUCCAAGGUGGUGGUGGAGUACUGCCCGCUCGACCCGCGGAAGGCGGCGGCGGUGGAGCUCCUGGCGCAGUGCAACGGCCGCAAGGCCAAGGACUCGAACCCGGCCUGCUCCGUCGAGCUCCGCCGCCUCCCUGGCCCGCCUCCCACCGAGGACCCCAAGUCGCAGCCGCCUCUCCCGCCGCCGCGGGUCCUCGUCACCUACCUCAACGGCGCGGAGGAGGCCAUCGUCGCCGCGGAGGGCGCCACCGCGCAGGGCAUCCGGGACCAGAUCCUCGCCCGCGGGCGGCUCAUCGACACCGAGCAGAUGUUCCGCGACGGCGGGGAGAAGUGGCCCGUCCUCAUACCCGAGGAGGAGCUCGGCAUGUCGUUCCCUGGCAUUAAGCCAAAGAAAGCCGAGGACAAACCCCAGGCCUAGUUGCGAAGUCAGGUUUCUCUUUGAUGUAGCAUGGUCAACUAAGGGCAAACGUUUCCCAUCAUUUCACGGGAAAAUUCUCUGCUCAGUCCAAUAUGGAAUGUGUGUUUCCAGGUGUUUGCAAUUGUGCUUCCUACUAUAAUACUGAUGUAGCUCAUUUCAUAUGAGCACUGUAAACAAAUUUCUUUAAAAAAAGAAACUAUCAGUAUUUGAUCUCAUUGA